AUGUCCUCGAUACUUGCAUUAACAGUACUGGGCCUCUCUGGGGCUCUUAGCGUCCUGGCGCAAGGUGGUGGACAAACCGGCAUUCAAUUCCAGCCAUGUCCAGAGCUGAACGCAAACAUCUCUGCACUACUGAAUCGUCAAGGCUCGGUUUUCGACUGCGCUACACUUUCGGUACCCUUAGACUACACUGAUUCUGACUCGGGCCCGCUUGACCUCCGGAUACUCAGAGUCAAUGCCACCCAAGAACCAGUUUUGGGGUCCGUCCUGAUCAAUUUUGGUGGUCCCGGCGGUACGGCCGCCGAGAAUCUACCAACGGUCGCAGAAAUUGCGCAGACUGUAAUUGGGCCACAGUGGAAUCUCCUAUCCUGGGACCCUCGUGGGACCGGUUAUACUAUUCCAUUCGUCUGCGAUCUCGAGGCCAUGACUGCGGCCCCAGCUCGGAAGCGCGACGUUGAUACGUUAGUCAGCACCAAUACGACAGAAGUCUUCCUUAAUGUCGGAUGGGACUACGCUGGUCAAACUGCAGACUACUGCGCUGAACAAGCGAACGACACGGGAACACUUAUCGGGACAGCUUUCACUGCCCGAGACAUGAUCGAAAUCGUCGACGCACUAGACGAAGACGGCCUUCUUCGCUUCUAUGGCUGGUCAUACGGUACUGCGCUGGGAUCCUACUUUGCUGCCAUGUUUCCCGACAGGGUUGGACGGAUGGUUCUGGAUGGCAACGUGAAUCCUCAUGACUACCGAGCCGGUCAUUACGGAGAAUUCGUCCACGAUACCGAUAAGGCUUUCGCUGGCUUCCUCCAGACAUGCUUCGACUUGGGCGACAGUUGUGCCCUGUACUCACUGCUUCAACCGAACACAACCCAAGAUCUUCUCGAUCCUAUUAACGCAUUACUAACACCCCUUGCCGAGAAUGCGACGUCGAGUGUCGAAGGUUAUUCUACCUAUUUGGGGGUCAAAGGAACUUUCAUUGACCCCCUUUACUACCCUUCUACUUGGCAUACUUUUGCAGAGACCCUCGCCGACAUCCUCAAUGGAACCACCCCUGCGCCCAAAAACACAUCUUCGGCUCCUCCUUACGGCCCGGCCAAGAAUGCCGUGAUCGGGAUCCGAGCGAGUGAUGCCACAUUCAUUGCCAACUCCAGCGACGAAUACCUUUCUCAGGUAGAGUAUCAAGGCACUGUCAGCCCGGGUUUUAGCGAUGUCUCCUAUUUCAACAUCUGGCCUUCUGCCCGGUGGCGAAUGCCAGCGAAGGAGCGAUACUGGGGAGAUUUCCACGUCACUACGAAAACUCCAAUCUUAUAUGUGAAUGGCGAGUUCGACCCGGUGACACCGCUUGUCAACGCGUACAAUGGAAGCGCAGCAUUCACAGGAAGUGCGGUGCUGCCCCAUAGCGGGUAUGGUCAUGGUGUAUUUAUCAACCCUUCCGAGUGUGUAUCCAGACACGUUCAAGCCUACUUCCUUAAUGGGACGCUUCCCGAGGCCGAUGCACAUUGCGAGCCAGACUUGAGCCCGGUCGAGCUAUGGCUGUCAAAGAUCCAAGAAUCAGCAUCCAACUCUACAGCUAGCGGCAAUGAAACCGACAGUAGUACUGGGAAUGGCAACGCCACUGCGAACACAUCUGAGAAUGGAGCCUGCCGGGGAAACUCCCGUACUUUGUAUUGCACAAUGGGUGCCCUGGUGAUAGCAAGUCUGGUUAUGUUGUGA